AUGGCCGUCUCUGAGCUCGCUUGCAUCUACUCUGCUCUCAUACUUCACCAAGAUGAGGUUACGGUCCCGGAGGAUAAAAUUAAUGCCCUCAUUAAAGCAGCAGGUGUCAAUGUUGGACCAUUCUGGCCUGGAUUAUUUGCAAAGGCCCUAAACAACGUAAACAUCUCAAGUCUCAUCUGCAAUGUAGGAGUUGGUGGACCUGCCCCAGCAGCUGGUGGUGCUGCCCCUGCUGGAGGUGCUGCUCCUGCUAGCACAGCUGCCCCAGCUGAGGAGAAGAAAGAGGAAGCAAAAAAAGAAGAAUCCAAGGAGUCUGAUAAUGACAUGGGCUUUGGUCUGUUUGACUAAAUAUAUUUUUUGAAACAUUAAAUAAAAAGCUUAACUAAGAAAA